AUGGAGAAGAUCCCUGGUUUUUUCAAGAUUUUACUCCUUCCAGAAAGCUCUGAGAAGCUGCUCAUUCCCUUGGCUUUUGUUGCGUAUGUGAAAGAAGUACUGCCAAAACAUGUUUUCUUGAGGAAUUCUGAUGACAAACUUUGGCCAAUAGAUAUAGGCAAAAUUGGAAAUAAGUUCUUUUUUAAGAACGGUUGGCUAACGUUCAUUGAGGGUAACUUUAUAGAAAAUGGAGAUUUUUUAACUUUUGACUAUGAUGGUGACAAUGUUUUUGAUUUUCAAAUUUAUGGGGGCAGAAAUGGAGUAAGAAAACAAGAGAUUAGAUCUCUAAAUUCCAUAAUAGAGGAGGAUGAGGAUUACGAGUUGGAGGAGGAGGAGGAUAGUGACGAUGAGGAUGAGAAAUACAAGGGGAUGGAGGAGGCCAUUGAUGAGGAAGAACUUGGACCUAAGGCCUUAAGAAAGAAAGCAUUGAAGGGAAAAGGUGGAAACGAGGGAGUGGAGGAGGUCAUUGAUGAGGAAGAACUUGGUGCUAAGGCCUUUAGACAGAAAACAUUAAAGGGAAAAGAGGGAAACUCAGCUAAGGACUUAAAAAGCCCCAGUAAAGGAACUAAUCGUUUACUUGAUUUUGAUGGUUCUAAAGGAAAAGUUGGCUCUAAAGUUCAAGGUGGUCAAAAAAGAAACAAAUAUUGCGAUGAAGAGGAUGUUUUCAAAUACGGAAUGGUUUCACGGCCAAAGAAUCCAUAUUUUGUGGCAACUGUUCGAGAUAAGAGAAAGAAUGAACUGUAUGUUCCACAAGAGGUUCUCAGAGAUCAUCAUAUUAAACUUCCUCAAACGAUAAUCCUCCUUGAUGAAAGAGGGAGGGAAUGGACCACAAAUGUUAUAGUUUGGGGUGACGGUCGAACUUGGCUCACCCGAGGGUGGAGAGCUUUUUGUAAGUGGAAUAAUUUCAAACCAGAGGACAGGUGCAUUUGCGAGUUCAAACAAGAAGAAAGCCAACAAUCCAUUUACUUGGAGAUGCGGAUUCUCAGAGAAGGAUCAUGGUUGCCGAAGACAAAGAAUCAAAAAAAGAAGGGAUGA